AUCUAUAUAAAGAACAAAACUAAAGUUUGUUAUUAAUUACUUGUGGUGAAACUAUGCAGAUAACAUAGAUGAUGUUCUCAUAUUUUAUAUAUUUGUGCCUGUGCGGUUUUGGUUUGUUUUGUUAAUUAAGAAAGAUACAUUUAGCGUUAGUCUUUUUUGUUUCGUAAGCAAUAUAGUUAUCCCGUGUUGAUCAAAAUCACAUGAAUUAUCAAUUUUAUUUGACUUCCCUUUUAAAAGAAAGAAAGAAAUUUCAACAAUGUUAAAUUUUGGGCGCGUAUUUCCACCUGACGCAGCAGGUAACCAAUAGAACAGCACGCCGAUAAUAAGCUCUCCUUCACGAGCGUUUUCUGAAACAUUUCAUCGAUGGAGAGAGACCGGGAACGUUGGUAUAACUAUUAUUAUACCUAAUCACAAAUUUAUACACCGCAUCUGCAAUAUAAAUACAAUUAGGUUAACGAAUUUUUAAUCUGUGUCCGAAUUGCGGGCAACAAUUGUUAAUGACAGCUUGUGCGUUUUAAAGUCAUCGUAUAUUUAAAGCAACGCGGCCGUUUAGCUUGGGCUUUUACAUGUUUCCGUAUGUAUUUUAAAGCGUCUUUGUUGGUUUAUCUGAUGUCCUGACUUUAUCUUUAACCUUGUUUUUUUAAUAUGUUACCUAUGAAGUUAAAUGACCUAAAAGUUAAAUAAUUUUUAUCCUUAACACGGUCUUUUAAAUCUCAUAAAGCCGGAGUGAAGCUGGUGAAUGACUGAUUCUUUCUGCCCAUCAGUUGCGCUCGCUUUGCGCUCUCUCACCGGACACCACGCCAAGAUUUCACUUUCCAAUCAGCAAUGAGAAAAGUCGUGUCUUUUGAAUAUUAAUGAGUGGUUCCACCAAUCACAACGUGGGUUCGUUUCACAGGAGAGUGUUUAGUUGCGCGUUCUCCAUCAGCAGCAUAAAACUGUUUGUGCCUAUUGGAGUUUGCGCUCAUGGCGAAGGUGACUCGCUGGUGUUUGGACGUUACCUGCGUUUUGAUGGAUACAUAAAAAGGAGACUUAAAAGUGUCGUUUGUGGAUUACAGGUGCUAAAUAUUAGAUGUAGUGGACCGGUAUGAAUCGUCUUUGUCCAAACGUUCAGUUCGGGACUUGUUAAAUGAAGUGGACAUGGAUAAUACCGGUUGUGGGAUACAUGCAGUUUAUCAUUUAUUCCUUAUAUGGCUCUCCGUUUACCCUUUGUGCUCUCAGGGAAGUUGGAUGUGGUUGGGCAUCACAUCUGUAGGAGUGCCCGAGAAGUUGGGUUGCGCGCACUUGCCCCUGUCGCACAAGCAGAAGGAGCUGUGCGCGCGCAAACCGCACCUUCUACCGAGCGUUAAAGAGGGCGCGCGCCUGGGCAUCACCGAGUGCCAAACGCAGUUCAGACACGAACGCUGGAACUGCUCGACCCGACGGGACCCGAACGUGUUCGGCUACGAGCUCACAAGCGGGACAAAAGAGACAGCGUUCAUCCAUGCAGUAAUGGCUGCCGGCCUGGUUCAUGCAGUCACCCGCUCUUGCAGUGCAGGAAAUAUGACAGAGUGUUCAUGUGACACAAGCCUGCUGGGAAGCGGGUCGCCCACUGAGGGAUGGCAUUGGGGCGGCUGCUCUGAUGACAUCGCCUUUGGGACUUCAUUCAGCCGCCGCUUCAUUGACAGUGCUGUGAAAAACACCUCAACCCGUGCUGAGGAGGCCCUGCUCAUUAUGAAGCAGCAUAAUAGUGAGGCUGGGAGACAGGCAGUGGCCAAAACAAUGUUGACAGACUGCCGCUGUCAUGGUGUAUCAGGUUCAUGUGCGGUAAAGACGUGUUGGCGCACAAUGGCUGCAUUUGAGCGCGUGGGUGCCUACCUGAAGGAGCGCUAUGAAACCAGCGUUCAGGUGGUGGACCGUUCCAAACGUAAGGUGAGACGCAAGGAUAAAGAACAACGCCAUGUGCCUAUCACCAAAGACGAGUUAAUCUUCUUCAACAAAUCGCCCAAUUAUUGCUUGGAGGACCGUCGGCUGGGCGUGACGGGGACCAGGGGCCGCAAGUGUAACAGAACUUCGGCUGGGCCCGACGGCUGCAACCUGCUGUGCUGUGGACGGGGAUACAACACACACGUGGUGCGACAUGUAGAGCGAUGCGAGUGUAAGUUCGUCUGGUGCUGUUAUGUUCGCUGCAGACGCUGCGAGACAAUGAAUGACAUGCACACCUGCAAGUAGAGCAGCUACUUUGGGAGAGGUUGAAGGAUCUCGUGAGAGGAAAUGGACCUUCUUUGUGCUGUCAGCCUAUACAAACAAGCAUGUUGACAAAAUAUCCAACCGGCAAUUCAAUGCAGAAACCAGAAAGAAAUGGUAUAAUCCUUUUUAAGUUCACAUGCGUAAUUCUUCUCAUGGGCUUCCAUUGGGAGUCCAGCCAUUUUGUAUAUAAUGACUGUGGAAUAUAACUGGAGCAUAAAGGGAACUCAAAUACUGGGAAUUGCAGAGGAAAAGUGUACAUACUUUAGAUAACUUUGUUUGGAUUUUUUACUGAAGGCAAGUUCGGAUAGAGAGUUAGCUGACCUUAAAAUGAAAAUUUUGUCAGCAUUAGUGUUUCCAACUCACCACUUCAUGUUUUUCCAACUCAAAUCUUCAUUAAAAGUCUGAUCACUCAAAAACAUUUUAAAUAAACACAAUUUUUCAAUUAAAUUCUGUUCAAGUUUAUUUGUAAAGCACUUUUCAACAUAAUUAUAGCUCUACGCAGCUUUACAAUCGAUGCACAUUAUUACAUUACAGUCAAAAUAAGAAAAAUAUAAACCGCUUGAUGGUGAGUAAAUGACAGAAUUUUCAUUUGAUGGUAAUCUCACCCUACAAUGAUCAAUUAUAGUGGGAAUUGUGUAGAUAAUAUGCCAAAAUAUUUUUGAUAUAAUGUUUUAUAGGUUCCAAAUAAGAAAUCCUUAAAUAAAUAAUUCCCAAAGGA